GAUACCGGUUGUAUAGAAGUAAUCAGAGUUAUCGUUCUUGAUUUGAAAUCAAAACGAGGCUAUCAAUUCCGGGUUUGAUAGUCGAUCAGCUGAUGAAGAUCCAGCUACAAUUUGACAGUUCAACUUUAGUGACAGAUGCUGUAAUAAUCUACGAUCUUUGUGUGCUGAUACUUGUUUAACGAUCUCCAUGGCUUCCAGGUCUUCAGCAAAGAAGUCUAAGGCUUGGGAAGGGCGAGGGGCAAUGUGUUGUGUAUUUGGUUGCUCUAAUAGAACUUAUACCAAGGAAAAUGAACUUUCACAACAUCAUUUUUUUCGCAUUCCUUCUCGUGUCCUUAAAUCUCCAGCACUAAAGAAUAGAUGGUGUUCAUUAAUUAAAAGACAGGAUGGUCGUGAUGGAUUUAAUUUAAAACCAACUACUGUUAUCUGUGAUAAACAUUUUACUGCUAAGGACAUUCAUAUUUCUCUUGUUUCGAAGAAGUGGACCCUAAAAGAAACAUCUGAGCCAUCUAUAUUUGUAUGGAAAGAGGAAAGAUCCGAGAGAAAACCACCAAAGCAGCGGCUUUACUUUCCAUUGCAAGAAAGUACAAGUUUACCUGAAGAUGAAACAAAUAAUAAGGUUCUAAAACAUGAAUGUUCAGUCUCAAUUGCCUGUCAGACAGAAGCAACAUAUAAUUACACAUCACUUGACAAAUCUUGUCAGACCAGCCAGCAGGAUUUCCCCAGUUCAGUUGCUGAUCAUCAAUAUCAUGAGCAGUCCGAGUCCAAUUUAUUGAACGAAAUUUUAAAAUUAAAUCAACAAAUAUGUUGUUUAAAAGAGCACAUCGCAGAGCUUGAAAAUGAAAUUGAAGGCAACAAGUUUUCAUUUGAAAAAAUAGAGGACGAUAAGGAUGCUGUUCAAUUUUAUACUGGUUUUCCUGAUGCUAAAGUGUUUAACUCUUUUUAUGCAUAUAUCUUAAAGAAAACUGAAAAAUUGAACUAUUGGAGAGGCCGAAAUGAAGUGGAUGACUCUAUUCCAGCUUAUCAGGAAAACAAAAGAAAACCUGGGAAAAAGCGUGCAUUAACUGGAAAAGAAGAACUAUUUAUUGUUUUAGUGCGUUUGAAAGUUGGUUUGUUUGUAAGGGAUUUGUCCGACAGGUUUCACCUUUCUCAAGGACACUUGUCCAAAUUAUUUACAACCUGGAUAAACUUUUUGCUGUAUGAACUUCAGGAGUUAUUCCCCUUUCCAUCCCAAAAUAUGACCAGACAAAACAUGCCACCAGAGUUCAAGGAUUAUGAUACAACAAGAUUGAUUAUAGACUGUACAGAAAUGUAUGUAGAAGUCCCAUCAUCCAUGGUUGCCCAGUCGCAAACAUGGUCAUCGUACAAACAUCAUAAUACUUUCAAAGUUCUAAUAGGAGUGAACCCUAAUGGGUGUUGUACAUUUGUGUCCGAUCUUUGGGGAGGACGUGUCAGUGACAAAGAGAUAACUAUUAAGUCUGGUUUGCUAGAUUUACUUGAACCAGGUGACAAUCUCAUGGCAGAUAGGGGUUUUGACAUAGAAAACAUUCUUCCCUCUGGCGUUUCCUUAAAUAUACCCCCUUUUCUAGGAGGACGGAGUCAGUUUACUGCUGAGGAAGUGGACAAAACCAUGAAAAUAGCUUCUCUGCGAAUCCAUGUAGAAAGAGAAAUAGGGAGGAUUAAAAAUUAUCAUUUAUUGGACGGUGUAUUGCCACUCAGUUUAGCUCAUGUUGCUGGACAAAUUGUGAAAGUGUGUGCAUUUUUGACCAACUUUCUCCCUCCUUUGCUUCCUCCAUCACACAUGAGAGUUACAAAUGGCUGAUAGGUUCAGGAAAAGUUUGAAUUUAAAAUGUAAAUUAGGAAUUAUUCUCUCGACUUUUUAUGCUAUUCUGCCAUUAUAAAUCCAUAGUCACUGUAUAUAAAAGGUGGGUCUUUAGGAAGCACUGGACACUUAUUGGGUCAAAUACAGUAUAUUAUGUGGCCAGGCAGUUAUAGUGUCCAACAUUCCUACAUAGUCUUCCAGUUCCAGUUGUGUACAUUUACAUACCUAGACCAAAACCACUGCUGAUCUGUUACAUAAUUAAGUGAUAUAUAUAUGUAUUAAAGAAAUAAAACAUGAUAAACUUUC